AUGAAUGUGCCCGUUAAAUUUACGGUCGCUAAGGACCAACUACGUGAAAUGCACUGCGAGUUUAAUCCACUGUCGCGGUGCGACGGCUCUGUGAUGUACAGCCAGGGAGCCUCAGUGGUGAUAUCCGCUGUUUUGGGCCCGGUCGAAGUAAAAUCGCAGAACCUGAGCAUAGAUGGCAGCUACUUGGAGUGCAAUUAUAGGCCCAAAGCUGGACUGCCCCAAGUGAAAGAACGCCUCCGCGAAGCCGCCAUAAAGGAAAUUUUGGAUUUGACUGUGCUGUCGGAAGCGUAUCCCAGGUCUAAGAUGUCUAUACAGGUGCAGGAGCUUGAGGAUCGAGGAAGCAUGGAUGCCUGUGCUGUGAACUCAGCCUGCCUGGCCAUGCUUAUUGGGGGCUUGCCCCUCAAGAGCAGCUUUGCUGCUGUGCAUUGCAUUAUCAACGAGCAGGGCGAUUACGUCCUGGACCCGGAUCAAAGUGAAACUGCCCACCAGCGUGCCAGUUUCACCCUUGCCUUUGACUCUAUGGAGGGAAAUUUGUUACUGAUCCAGACCAAAGGGGCUUUCAGAAUCGAACAGUUUAAUGAUAUCGAGUGCCUUUGCCGGUCGGCUAGUCAAGAAAUCUUCAAGUUCUACCGGAGUCAAAUAGCCAAGUUUCACGGUAAAAGUGAAGAAAUUAAAACGAAACCCGAAAGUAUGGAGACUAUUUGAUUAAAACGCAUAAUGUUAAGGUAA